AGGAGGCAAUGUUCUUCCUCACCCUCAUCCUUGUUCUUUCCAUUGAUUUCUUGCUUCUAUAUAUUACUUGCUUCUUUUCUUGAUCAUGUCCCUUGCUGGUAAAAUCAGCUCUGAAAUUGGUGUUCAGGCAACCGCUGCAAAGUGGUUCAACCUCUUCACAACACAACUUCAUCACGUUCAAAAUCUUACUGAUAGAAUUCAUGGAACCGAGCUGCAUCAUGGUGAAGACUGGCAUCACAAUGAGUCGGUCAAGCACUGGACUUAUACCAUAGAUGGCAAGGUUACAACUUGCAAGGAGAGUAUUGAAUCCGUUGAUGAAGAGAACAAAACAAUCAACUACAAGCUCUUCGAUGGAGACAUUGAUAAUCAGUUUAAGGUCUUUAAGCUCAUCUUUCAAGCGAUUGAUAAGGAAAAUGACAGUGCUAUUAUCAAAUGGACAAUUGAAUAUGAGAGGAUUGGUGAGGAAGUUGAUCCUCCAUAUGGCUACAUUGAAUACGUCCACAAAUGCACUAAAGAUAUUGAUGCUCAUCUUCUCAAGGCAUAACUCCAAAUAAACAAUAUAAUUAAAAAGAAAUAAUGGACUUUGCCUUAUUAUCUUUAUAAUCGAGAAGGAUAUGCUUGCUAAGUCCUUCGAUUGUAUGAAAUAAAUUUGGAUAUGCGUGUCGGUGAUGUCAACUGAAGUGUGUUGAAUUAUAUGUUAAAGAGCUCCAUGUGAUGCUGAUGCAUAUAAAUGAAUAUUUCCACUUUAAGAAAUAUAUAUUUUUAUGUUGUGUUUUA